AUGGCGUUCCUCUUCAAGUCCAAGAAGAGCCAGGAUCGCGCAUUGUCAAGUCGCGACGGCAACUCUGGCUCGCAGGGAUCCAUCCAGAGCACCAGUUCUCGCUUGGCCCGCGAUGAGAAGAAUGCUGCACAACGAGCUACACCCACGGGAAGCUUAAAUUCCGUCGACGAAAUUGGCACGGGCAGCCCAGAGCAAGCUCGCCGAGGAGGAAGCUUAGAGCAGGUGCAGCCCUCAGAUCUAGCCCUACGAAAUGCACCGCCAGUCUCGAAUGCCAAUGCUGCUCUAUAUCCGUGGUCGCAAAGGCGGCUAACAUAUACCCCAAACCACCCGACCCCUUUCCCGCGAUAUGGCGCUGCCGUAAAUGCAACAGCGUCUAAAGAAGGUGACAUAUACAUGAUGGGUGGCCUGAUUAACAGUUCCACCGUCAAAGGAGACUUGUGGAUGAUUGAAGCAGGAGGCAAUCUAGCCUGCUACCCCCUGGCGACCACAGCUGAAGGUCCCGGUCCCAGGGUCGGUCACGCGAGUUUACUGGUCGGCAAUGCUUUUAUUGUGUAUGGUGGCGAUACCAAGAUUGAGGAAUCUGACGUUUUGGAUGAGACGCUUUAUUUGCUUAAUACAUCAACGAGACACUGGUCUCGCGCCUUGCCAGCUGGUCCCCGGCCUUCAGGGCGAUAUGGCCACUCGCUCAAUAUCUUGGGUUCCAAGAUUUAUAUUUUUGGAGGUCAGGUUGAAGGUUACUUCAUGAACGACUUGUCUGCCUUUGAUCUCAAUCAGUUGCAAUCCCCCACCAAUAGAUGGGAAAUCCUCUUGCCCGGAGAUACGUCCCCAAAGACACCGGCGGCCCGUACAAACCACUCCGUGGUCACUUUCAAUGACAAAAUGUACCUAUUUGGUGGAACAAACGGCUUCCAGUGGUUUAACGACGUGUGGUGCUACGAUCCAGCUGUGAACAAAUGGGCCCAGCUGGACUGCAUCGGCUAUAUUCCUGCACCUCGAGAGGGACACGCUGCGGCUCUGGUGGACGAUGUCAUGUAUGUGUUUGGUGGUCGCACGGAAGAGGGAACCGACUUGGGGGAUCUCGCCGCCUUCAGAAUAUCGUCGCGUCGAUGGUACACCUUCCAAAACAUGGGGCCAUCCCCAUCUGCUCGAUCGGGUCACAGUAUGACCAAUGUGGGCAAGUCCAUUGUCGUUCUGGGCGGCGAGCCAAGCUCAGCUACCACUACCAUCAACGACUUGGGCAUCAUGUAUGUUCUGGAUACGACUAAGAUUCGAUAUCCCAACGAUAAUAGUCAGCAAGGUGCCCAGAGAGCGACCCAAGGAACGAGGCGACCAAGCACCGGCGAAACAGCAACUGCUCCCGGCGCUCGACAACUACCUCCGUCUUCCAAUCCCCAAGACGCACGAAAACCGGGCAAUGCACCCGUAACCGUGGCCAGUGCAAUUCCAACCGCGCCCGUCAACAAACCGACCAACGGGUAUACUUCACCACCACCCGGAAGCGUAGAACAACAGAAUCCCGGCGCUCCAUCCGCUCCUCCUCCAGGCGCUCCUUCGUCCAAACUUCCCAGGGCCGCUGUAACGCCCAGCCCUGCUGGUCCGCCCCCUCAAGGGCCGACGCCUGCUAAGCCUACAGUUGAUGCUGCUAUUGUUGGACGAGCCCGAGGAGCUUCUGCAGAUCGUGCUGGAACAUCUGGCUCUCCGCAGACGACAACAGCGCCACAGGUCGCUGCUAUCACAGGAGAAGUUGAACCGACAGCUGUUAAUGGGCGACGAACGCCAACGCAAGCACCCCCAGUUGCAUCGGUGACACGAACCGGAUCCAAGAAGGAGUCUUCAGCUGGCGAUGCAGGCAAAACCAAUCAGAGAGGUCACCGCCAGCUUCAAGGUUCCGUUGAUACUGCCACCGAAUCUGGCGCUCGGGCUAUUCGGCCCUCAUCACCGCCCCCCCCUACAAGACAACCGAGCAAUCCUCUUUCCCGACGGUCCUCCGGUAGAAACUCCCAAACGGUUGCAUUGCUCAAAGAAUUGGAUUCAUCACGAAACAGAAACGCCUGGUAUGCUUCCGAGCUGGAGUUGGCGCGAAAGGCUGGCUAUGUAUCAGCCGCUACCAUGGGUCCUCUUGAUGCCAAGGCUGCUGAAACUUUUGACGACGAGGAUCGGCCACUCAUCGAAGCCCUACUGGCUAUGAGAACAGAACUUGCCAAUGUGCAAAGCGCAGUCGACAAGCAAGCGGUCGUGGCCGCGAAACAAAUCGCCGAGGCCGAGAAACAACGAGACGCAGCCAUUCAGGAAGCCGUCUAUGCCAAAGCCAAACUGGCCGCAUAUACUGGUGGCAGCUCGUCCAGCACUCCUCAGUUGGAUGGCGACCGAGAUGAACCGGCGGACCGAUCUGGCGAGAUGGGCAAGAAACUUGCGGCGGCACUCCACCUUCACAAGGACCUGAAGCAUCAGGUAGAGACUCUGCGGUCUGAAUUGGUGGCCGAGAAAAAUGCCCGCCAGUUGGCUGACGAAACUACAUCUACAGCUCAGAAACGUAUGGCUGAUUUGGAGAGCUACAAGCAACAGACAUCUACAGAAGUUGAACGACUCAAGGCAGAAUUACAUCUCGUGCAACGUGAAGCUCGUGAGCAGUCUGUCUCCUGCGCCGAGGCCGUAGCUGCCUUGGAGAUGAUCAAGGUGGAAAGGAGCGAGUUUGAAUCGAAAUACAACGAGGCUGUCGGCUCAUCAAAGAACCAUGAUGAAACAUUCGAAUCCUUGAGGAGCGCUAUCGCCGCCUCCCAGGAUGCUAGAUCGCACCUGGAGAAGAAGCUUGAAGAAGAACGGGGAGCCCGCGAAAAGAUUGAGGAAAAGCUCAACAAGCUCAAAUUGGAGCAUGAGGCUAGGACGACGGAACUCGUUGCAUCAACGCAGCGAUUGCGUGAUGCGGAAGAGCUGGUUGAGAAGCACUCCAACGAAGCACGAACUCAUCGGGAGGCUCUGUUAUCUGGCCUCGGCAAGAUUACAACCAGAGACUUGGCAAACGGAGGCAAUGGCGACAAUGAGCGUGCUGUCGCACUGCAGAAACAAGUUGCUACCGCCAAUGAACUUGUCAAGAAGUAUCAACAAGAGGCCGACGCUGCAGCCGACAAGCUGCGUAGUGCCGAAGAGCGAAUCGCAGGCUUGGAGCAGUACCAGGAGCAAUCAAGUAGGGAAGGUGUUGCAAUAAGAAGACAACUGCAGUCUGCCUUGAGGGAAACGCAGGGCCUGCAGGCCGGCCAUACCGAUCUUAAGAACAAGCUUGCGGCGCAACAGCUCGAAACCAAUGCAAUGACUGUUCAGCACAACGCUCUUAAAGAUAUUUUGGCGGAACGAGGCAUCAGCCCUACUGGUGCUGUACGCAGCCGUGGCCUGACGAGCCCCCGAACCAACUCUCCGGAGCAAACUCGCAUGCGAGACUUGGAGGUCCAGCUUGCCAACGCCGCCGCCGCGCACGAAGAGAGCAGACAGCAAUUCGCAUCUCAGCAACAGGAGUCUGAGAUGGCAUACCGCGAAAAACUUCAACAACUCGAGAGCGACUACCAGUCAGCUGUGCAUUAUGUGAAGGGAACCGAAAAGAUGCUUAAGCAACUUAAAGACCAACUAUCUCGUUACAAGACUGAGAAUGGACGCCUCAAGCUCGAAAUGGAAGAGCUCGAAGGUCGGCUUGAGGGUGAGGGAGAACGAUCAGGAUCCGCCCCAGCAGACUGGCAAGGGGAACGAGACCUUCUCCAGCAGAGAGUCGGAGUCCUCGAAUCUGAGCUCAAGUCCUCAGGGUCCAAGCUGCAGCAGAGCCUCGAGGCGAUGAAGAAGGAACUGGCCGACAGCAAGAAGCAGCGUGACGAAGCUCUCAAUGGCCUUGACCUGCACAAGAAGGAUUUAGAGCAACUUCAAUCCGAAAACUCACUUCUUGAACAGCGUGCCAGUGACGCUGAACAAAAGGUGGCGCUGCUACUAGACCAGGUUGAGCACUCAGUUGAUAACUAUCGACGUCGCAGCCGGCAAAUUCCCAACCUGGCUGCGGAAAGCACGAACGGCAUGGGCCUAGGCCACACCCGAAACGAGAGCUCCGAGAACGAGAGUGUGUAUGGAGGCAACAGUCUGGACGCCAGAAACAGUGCGGCGCUCGAUAACCUUGCCAGCGAGCUCGAGACUCUGCGAAGCCACUGGGAAGCUACUAACAAGAACUACCGGCUGAGCACCAACUUUGACUUUGACACUCCAGCCGUCAGCAAAAAGGCAGAUGAGGGCCCAACGAAUGUUGGACUUAGUGAAAGCCUCGCCGAUUGGAGAAAGAGACUCGACACUGAAGACCAGCAUGCUGGCAGUGACAAGGCUUAG